GAGUGGCCGGGGUCUGCGGCUCGCCGCAGAGCUCGUGCGCGCUGGCGUCGGUGAGCAAGGCCGCGGCGGAGGCCGCCUGCCUCUCCCAGGGCGCCCGGCUCUGCUCCGAGGAGGAGCUCCAGUACCUGGAGGCGUCGGGCUCCGGCUGCGGGCUCGACGCGGAGCGCGUCUGGUCGUACACGCCCUGCAGCACUGGGGCGGUCGGCGGAUACGUCACGGUUUCUGUGUACGGCGACGAG